ACCAAUUAUCUGGUCCUGUGCCUUCUGAAAUCGGAGAUAUGAAAAAUCUGAUUGACUUGGAGCUAUCUCAAAACAACCUCAGUGGUCCAAUCCCUCAUUCUCUGUCUAAUUUAACUAGACUAGAGACCCUCUAUUUGCAUUCAAACCAAUUAUCUGGUCCUGUGCCUUCUGAAAUCGGAGAUAUGAAAAAUCUGAUUGACUUGGAGCUAUCUCAAAACAACCUCAGUGGUCCAAUCCCUCAUUCUCUGUCUAAUUUAACUAGACUAGAGACCCUCUAUUUGUAUUCGAAUCAAUUAUCUGGUCCAAUGCCUUCUGAAAUCGGAGAUAUGAAAAAUUUGAUUGACUUGGUGCUAUCUCAAAACAGCCUUAGUGGUCCAAUCCUUCAUUCUCUGUCUAAUUUAACUAGACUAGAGACUCUCUAUUUGCAUUCAAACCAAUUAUCUGGUCCUGUGCCUUCUGAAAUCGGAGAUAUGAAAAAUUUGAUUGACUUGGUGCUAUCUCAAAACAACCUCAGUGGUCCAAUCCCUCAUUCUCUGUCUAAUUUAACUAGAUUGAAGAUCCUCUCUUUGUAUGGCAAUCAAUUAUCUGGUCCAGUGCCUUCUGAAAUCGGAGAUAUGAAAAAUCUUAUUGACUUGGAGCUAUCUGAAAACAAACUUAGUGGUCCACUCCCUCAUUCUCUGGCUAAUUUAAGUAGACUAGAGUGGCUCAAUUUGUAUGACAACCAAUUAUCUGGAAGCCUACCGCAACAAAUAUGCCAAGGACGAUCACUUCAAUUAUUAACGGUUGAUAACAAUAAUCUCAUGGGUCCUAUUCCAGACUUUAGAAAUUACACAAGCUUAACAAGAGUUCGACUUGAUAACAACCUAUUUUUUGGAAAUAUAACUGAUAGUUUUGGUGUACAUCCACAUCUUUAUUUCAUUGAUAUGAGUCACAAUAGACUAUAUGGUGAGCUCUUACCAAAUUGGGGAGAAUGCAAGAAUUUGUCAGAGCUAAAGAUUUCUGGAAACAAUAUUAGUGGGAAGAUACCACCUGAGAUUGCUCAGUUAACACGACUUGGACUACUUGACCUUUCUUUCAACAAACUUAUUGGAGAGAUACCAAUGGAAUUGGGCAGUUUAUCCACUUUGUUACACUUGAAUUUAAGUGGUAACCAUAUUUCAGGGCAUGUACCAGUUGAAAUUGAUAAAUUAAUCAAUUUGGAGCUUCUUGACCUCUCGGCAAACAAGUUAACUGGAUCAAUCCCGGCUCAACUUGGUCAAUGCUCCAAAUUGUUUUCAUUAAAUUUGAGUUGGAAUUCAUUGAAUGGAAGCAUUCCAUCUCAAAUUGGUGAUCUAGUAUCCCUACAAGUUCAAUUGGACCUUAGUCAUAACUCAAUCAGUGGACCGAUACCACCAGAGCUUGGGAAUUUGAUGAUGCUGGAAAUCUUGAAUCUAUCCCAUAAUCUGAUCAUAGGCUCAAUACCUUUUUCUCUCGAAGAGAUGGUUAGCUUAGUAUCGCUUGAUUUGUCCCACAAUGAGUUGGAGGGUGUUGUUCCUAACAACAAAGUUUUCAGAAAUGCUUCACCACAAGCGUUUAGAAACAAUAAAGGGUUAUGUGGUGACCUUCAAGGUCUACUUCCCUGCAAUCAAUCUCGUAGAAGCAAGGGAUCGAAGAAAAAUGGACAUAAGGUCCUCAUAUCCAUCUUUGCUUCUUUGAUAGGAAUUGUAUUCCUAGCACUUGCAAUUAUCGGUGUUUUCUACCUCUUGCAAAAAAAAGCAAAAAAAGGAAAUAUAGAAGCAACAACAAGAAAUCAUGGCAAUAUAUUUUCAAUAUGGAAUUUCGAUGGCCAUAUUGCUUACGAGGAUAUUAUUCAAGUAACAGAGAAUUUUGAUUCCAAAUAUUGCAUCGGAACUGGAACUUUUGGGAAUGUUUAUAGAGCAGUCCUACCUACUGGCCAUGUUGUAGCUUUGAAGAAGUUCCAUCCAUUGGAAGGUGAGACAAUUAUAGUUAAUGAUGAAACCUUUGGGAAUGAGAUACGUAUACUAACAGAAAUAAGGCAUCGGAACAUUGUCAAACUUUAUGGGUUUUGCUCCCAUCCACGAUGCAUGUUUCUUAUUUAUGAGUACAUGGAAAAAGGCAGCUUAGCACGCAUCUUGAGCAAUCAAGUUGAGGCUAUGGAGUUAGAUUGGUUGAAAAGAGUAAAUGUCAUCAAAAGUGUGGCCAAUGCUUUGUCUUACUUGCAUAAUGAUUGUAUUCCACCAAUAAUUCAUCGAGAUAUUUCAAGCAAAAAUAUAUUGCUAGACUUGGAACUUGAGGCUCGGGUAUCUGAUUUUGGCAUUGCAAGACUAUUAAAGCAAGACUCAUCUAAUUGGACGUCACUUAAAGGAACUCAUGGGUAUAUUGCUCCAGGUAUGUAAAUUUGUCCCUACUAAAUACUAUGUUAUUAUUGUUUUUUAAGAUUUCUUUAUUCAGUUUAGUAUUUAAAACCUAUGACAUUUUUGCUAGAUUGGGCCGUUGAAGUAUUCGUUACCUUAUCUUAUCGUCUAAAUGGAGUAAAAUUAUUAUAAUUUGGAAUAAUUUUGGGAAAAAAAUAUGUUAUCCGAACUUUGAAAGAUUUAGUACACAAUCAUCAAAACUUGGAUUAAAAAAAAAUAAUCGUUUUAAAUAGUAGGAUGAAUGUUCCCAUGUCCUAUUGUUAUGACAUUUAUAUGUUACAUAAUAAAUUCUUAAAUUUUCCAUCUGUAAAUACCCUUUAGAUUUUUUAUUUUUUACUUAAGCUAAAAUAUUUUACUUAAUUGAGCCAUUUUAUAAAGAAACUAAAGAAUAUUGUAAAUUGCUUAUAUCCCCUUGAAUUUCUCGGUGGUCAUAGAUAAACUGGGCAAAACAUUUUUGUAAAUUAACUAAAGGAAUUUCAGAAUUUUGAAGUGGAGGGGGAAAAUAGAAUACUGAAAUUACUCAUUUGGAGUAAAUUAUUUUCAUCUGUAAGUUACUUUAUUAUCUUGUGGUAAGUUAUUUAUUAUAUAGAAAAUAGGUAUCCCUAGCACGACUACGCUUUCCUAUUGAAUUAGAAAAAAGUUACAAUAACUAAAAUUCUUUUUGAGUGCCCAAAGUAAUAGGAGUCGAGACCAACCCUAUAGAAUUUUAUUAAUCAAGACAAAGUACAUAUGGUUGGAGCACCAUAUGUACUUUAGGCCACCCUUAAUUUUAAAUUUAUUUAAACAAAGUGCAAAAAAAUAAAAAUACAUUUGGUGAGUC